GCAACUUUAAAAGUCUGUAAUUGGGCGUACUCGUGGACGGCAGCAUCGCAUAGCUCGCUCAGCCAACCGCCAGUGGGCGCUGCUGCGCUGCGGCAACGAAUUACUCGCUCCCAGAGGGUAGCACAGCAAGCAUUUCAAACAGAGACGCAGAGCGUCGAGCAUGGACUUCGCCGACAAGCGCCCGCCGCCGAAGACGACGGCCCAGGCCUUUGAAUUGGCCUUCGACCCGGAGGGCGACAACGUCUUCGUGCUCUCCGCUUUGUUUCCGCAGGCGUUCGGGCGCAAGCAAAAGAAAAAACCAGAGGAAGAAAAGCCCCAAGAGGAGGACGACGACGGCACGGAGUCCGACGAAGAUGUUGAAAGGGAAGUCGUCUUGACGGAGAAGGACCAGCCGCGGCAACGCUACGACGUCAUUGCUCGAUUGGAGCGGUUAUUUGGCGGUGGGGAAUUAGCAACAGGUUUGAACCACGACUCGGACUCGGACGUCGCCGAAGACUAUUAUGCGAGUGACGACUCGUUCAUCGACGACUCCGAGGCCUUCGAGGCCGCCGAAAAGCGAGAUCAGGAACAAAGGACCGCCCCGGCCGACCACGACGGCUUCUUCGCCGUGUCCGGGGACUUGGCGACGGUGGAAGCCCCGAAGCCUCCCGAGAAGCCGCGCAAGAAGAAGCCUCGUAAAUUACUUGAUGGCGGUCCGACGGCCGCACAUGUCAAUGCUUUGUUAGAUAAAGAUGCUGAAGUAACCUGCCAGCAGCUGAAUCCCAAACGAGGCGAAAGCGCCUUGCGGUACGACAAGUACAAGGCCGCGACGUCGGCGAAGCAGUUAUUAGCUUUGGGUGCUACAAGAGCUGAUAUCAAGAAUGAUUUGGCGAAGGGGUAUGUUACUUUAAAGGAGCCCCUCGCCGGUUUAGUCAUACAGCCCUACACAGCACGCUCGUCGAAGCGGUGUGGGACGUGCGAGGGCUGUACGGCGGAAGAGUGCGGCGCGUGCAAGUAUUGUCUCGAUAUGAGCAAGCGCGGAGGCCCGAACACGUUGCGGCGGCCCUGCGUGAAGCGGGCGUGUCUGAGACCGCUCGACGGGUCACAACCUCCCGCGGCGGCAGCGACGCCGCGGUCGUCGCCGCCGCGGUCGCCGCGCGUCACGUCGAAUUGGACGCGUUAUGUGGACGAGACGUCAGGUAAGCCCUACUGGCACGACGCUACUACCCAAAAGACGACGUGGGACGACCCCACUACUUCCAAAAAACGGCCCGCGCCUGAUGCCGAGCAACCACCAGUAAAGAUGCGCAAGCAGAGCGGCUACGUCUACUUCCAGUCGCAGCACCGGGAGGCGGCGUCGGCCGCCGUGGACAUCGACCCUGAUACUAAUCAACUGGGCGCGCGCGAGCGGAACCAGGCUGUGAUGAGGAAGCUCGCGGAGAUGUGGGGCGCGUUGGACGACGCUGCGAAGCAGAAGUGGAGCGACGACGCGCCGCGCGUGCCGGUCAAGGAGCGCAAGCCCAAGGCCAAGGCGCCGGCGGCCGCCAAGCCGGCGGCGAAGCCGAAGGAAGCCAGCCCGCGCAAGGUUUUUGGGUCAAGCAUCCCCUUCGCGACGGCGCCGGCGAUCCCGGCGGUCCCGCCGCGGAAGCCGUCCGCGCGCGCCCGGAAGGUGGCGCCUGUUCCUGAGCCGGGCGUGCUCGAGUCGGAGCCGGAGUCUGAGGAGGAGGAGGAGGCGGCGCCGUCCGCGGCGCCCGCGGAGACGCCCGCGCCAGCUGCCGAGCCGGCAGUCAAACCGGCGGCGAAGCCGAAGGCGAAGCCCAAACCGGCGGCAAAGAAGCCGACGGCGAAGAAGCCGGCCGCGCGCGCGAAGAAGGCUGCGCCCACGCCCGCGCCGGCCGCGCCGGUCGCCGCGCCGGCCACCGCGCCGCCGGCCGCCGCCGCCGAGGAGCCGCUCUUUAAGGUCGGCGACACCGUGGACGUCGCGCCGCGCACGUUCCCGGGCAUCAACAAGGCCGGCGGGACGGGCAGGAUCACGAAGGUGAACGACGAGCGUAGCAAGGACGGCGGCCCGAUGAAGGACGGGUCCGAGCGGAGGACCACGGGCUUCACAUACGCCGUAAAGUACGCCCUGAGCGGGUCCGAGAAGCGCGUCGACGCGCAGUGGAUCGCGCGCAUCGACGAGGAGGAGGAGGACGCCUCCGACGGCGGCGCGGCCGAGACGCUGCGGACGCCCGGCGGCCGCAUCGCGACAGUCAUUGAGCGGCGCGCAAGGGGUUGGAUCUAUGUGGAACUCGACGGGAACGCGAACGACGAGGGCGGCGCGCACGAGCGGAAGUCCUUCCGGAAUAGCCAGUUAUCGUAA